AUGCGCGCCAUGGAAUUCGAGGUGGCUUUGCUGGAUGCUCCAGGUAGCGUAUACGGACCUGGGUCCCCUGAGGAAAUGGUAGAGUCGAAGUAUCGCUAUGCUGGUGCAUCAUGUCGUUACGUGUUUGACUUUACGACUACCGACGUCGAAAACAGACUUUGCCGGGCUGUGGACUCCGAAUCAGAUGUUAUGUUGCGACUCUUUCUACUGACGGGCACCGUUCACCGCUUGGUAUCAUCGACUCUACGCGAUGUUUAA